CUGUCAGUUUCGAAUUCGAUUUCAAAAUUGCAGCGGUGACAGGUUGUGUUGUAGCUUUGCUGUUGUUGUGGACUUUUGUUGCCGCUAAAAUUCUUUAAUACAUCGUAACACAAUAGAUUUAUCCAAAAUGAAAGAUCCUAAACAUACACAGACUCCAAUAGAAGAUUUAGCGGAAUUACGAAGUUAUUUCGCUUCGCAUAAUCUAGUUCGCGAAUACAUAGCCCAUUCUUCUAAAGUGCACUCUGUUGGGUGGUCUUGUGAUGGCAGAAAACUAGCAUCGGGUUCAUUUGAUAAGAGUGUGGCUACGUUUACGCUGGAAAGAAAUAGAUUGGUACAAGACUACAUAUUCAAAGGCCAUACUGGUUCUGUUGAUCAACUGUGUUGGCAUGCCUCACAUCCUGACUUGCUAAGUACAGCUAGUGGAGAUAAAUCUGUGAGGAUUUGGGAUACAAGAACACAUAAAUGUGCAGCAACAAUAGCCACAAAAGGAGAGAACAUCAACAUUGCUUGGUCUCCGAACGGCAGCACUAUUGCAGUUGGCAACAAGGAGGAUCUAGUUUCAUUUAUAGACACUAGGACUUAUAAAGUUGUGGUAGAGGAGCAGUUCAACUUUGAAGUAAAUGAGAUCUCAUGGAACAACACAUCAGACCUGUUCUUCCUGACUAAUGGACUGGGCUGUGUGCAUAUAUUGUCGUACCCCUCUCUAGAACUACAGACAGUAUUGAAGGCGCACCCGGGCACGUGUAUCUGUAUAGAACAUGACCCCACUGGCCGGUACUUCGCCACGGGCUCCGCUGACGCCCUCGUCUCCUUGUGGGAUGUUAAUGAGCUCGCCUGUCUGAGAGUAUUCUCUAGACUAGAAUGGCCGGUGCGCACGUUAUCGUUCAGUUUCGACGGCAGACUGCUUGCGUCGGCCAGCGAAGACCACAUCAUCGACAUAGGAGACACGGAGACAGGAGAAAAAGUAGCAGAGAUCCCAGUACAAGCAUCAACAUUCACAGUAGCUUGGCACCCGUCUCGCUACCUGGUCGCCUUCGCGUGUGAAGACAAGGAGCCGCCGGAGAGGAAGCGGGAUGCUGGGAACCUCAAACUAUGGGGACUGCCUAACUCCAGCUAGAUGUAUAGUAAUAUAGAACUUGCUUAACUAUUGGCCGAAGUUCAUAAUCGAUUUAUUAAUGUCGACUGUAAAAAUAUGUAGGUUUUUAAUUCAGGGAUGUUAUGGAUAUGAAAUUUGGAUACGGAUAUAGAAAUUAUCCGAAACUAAAGGAUAAUUUCGGUUAUGGAUAUUAAAAUUUUAAGAAAUUUCAAAAGUAAUGGUUUGAUUUUUACGUCACGCCCGUAUCCGAUACUUUUAUUUCGGAUUCGGUUACGGAUAUUUUUUAUAUCGGAUAUCCGAUAGUUUCGGUUACGGUUACGGAGCUCCCUAACAUCCCUGAUUUAAUUGAAAUAUACGGCUUACGAGUAAAGCUCAACUAGUUUCAAAGUCACAACGGGACUCUCAGACAUGAGCACCGUUUGACGUUGUCGCGCAGCCAGUCAGCUUGUAACUAGUAGAGCUUUGUUUCAUUAGUUAAUGUGAGCUGAAAUCGUAAUUAAGAUCUUAAUUUUUGAUAGAAAUCAAAAUAGACCUCAAUCUGAAGAUUUUGAUUUGAGAAUGGUUUUGUUAGGCUGUAUUAUCAGUAUAGUACAUUUAAGUUAAUAUAACAGUUAGCCUUUACAGCUCUGAAAAAGGCCCAGGAGCCGCUGGGUACAGGUUGCUUCCAACAGGAUCAGGGUACUAACUCUUGAAACCAAUCUCAAUGUCAAUGCAAUGUCAAUCCAAUAGUGAAACCUCAAUAAUUAUUGAAUGUCAAAACUAUACAACCUCAAUAUUUAGAGUUUAGACUAUGGAAUAUAAAGCUAAAUUCAAUACCAUUUAGUUCGUUCAAUAUCCGAACAAUACGGAUGCAAUAGGCGCUAGUGUUG